AUGUUGUUGUUUGAUGAUGUGUAUGUAUUUGAGGUGUACGCAGUAUCUCGUCUAGCGAAUCUGCACGAUUCAGUGCUGAAUUUCAAAGAAGGUUACGACACGCUUGUUGGUGAACGUGGAUUGAAGCUGAGUGGUGGUGAGAAGCAAAGAGUGGCCAUUGCAAGGGCGAUGCUCAAGAAUGCACCUGUUAUCGGUGCGUGUUUUCCCAUCUUCUUAUUUUGCUAA